GCGCUGCUGAGUCAUCCGAAGAAGAGAAGAGAUCUCUUCAAAAGGUAGCAGAGAUGGUUGUUGGAUCGGCUAGGAGUCACUAUUUAUCAUCAGCAGUUAAUCCUUCCAUAAAGGGUGAUAGGUUGACCAUUCCCCGUGAAAGCAAUUAGGAGGUUGAAGGAGCAGGAAGCUUCCAAUAAGAAGCCAUCUGAAAACAUGAAGUGGUUUGGAGAUGCUGAGAAGCUCACCAAGGCCCUUUUCUCCUUCACUAGUCGACUGGCUCCUGUUAUAAUAUUUGUGGACGAGGUCCAUAGCUUACUUGGUGCAAGAGGUGGUGCACAUGAGCAUGAGGCAACGAGAAGGAUGAGAAAUGAAUUUAUGGCAGCUUGGGAUGGUCUAAGGUCCAAAGAGAACCAAAGGAUCCUUAUUCUUGGCGCAACAAAUCGCCCCUUUGAUCUAGAUGAUGCAGUAAUAUGGCGUUUACCUAGGAGGAUAUUAGUUGAUCUGCCUGAUGCCAAGAAUCGGAUGAAAAUUCUAAAAAUUUUACUUGCCAAAGAAAACCUGGAAUCUGAUUUUAGAUUCGACGAACUUGCUAAUGCGAUGGAGGGUUACUCUGGGAGUGAUUUGAAGAAUCUUUGCAUAGCUGUAGCAUAUAGGCCAGUCCAUGAACUUCUGGAACAAGAAAGCAAGGGAGACACUGGUAGCACGAAAACUUCAUUAAGGGCACUGAAGUUGGAUGACUUUGUGCAGGCAAAGGCCAAGGUAAGCUCGUCUGUUGCUUUCGAUGCGACGAGCAUGAAGGAGCUAAGAAAAUGGCACGAGCAGUAUGGAGAAGGUGGCAGUAGAAGCAAAUCACCAUUCGGGUUUGGCAGCUAACAUACUCCUGUAGUAAGUUUUCCCACAUUGUUUCUGGAGCGUAUGAGCCCAAAUUUGGUCAUAGGAAACCAGCAGCAGUUGCUCGAUGUAGGCAGUAACCUCUGCUCCGCCCGCUCCUCACCUUCAGGCUAAGCCAGAGUCAUUAGAACAGUGCUGUUGUCAUCAUGUAUCGAUAGCAAAAUGGUUUAUCAGAUGCCAAGUUUUCAUGAUAAUAUACCCCAUAUUGUAGCGUUAUGAGUUCCCAACCGAGAGGCCUGAUCGAAAUGUAAAUAGCCCAAAAAGUUUUUGCCCCAGAGCUGACAAUCUAGCUAUUUUUGUCAAAUUCCAUACAAUUUUGAUUUCUUACCGCCCUUUUACUGGUUGGGCAAUAAACUUUACACGAC